AUCAGGGGCGGACUGACCAUUUGGAAACUCGAGAAACUUUGGUCAGUAGGGGGCCCCAUAAGAUGCCUGGUACCUUUUUCAUAGGCUUUUUUGAGUUUUGGGCAAGGACACAGGGGCCCCAUGAUUCCCUAUUGCCCGGGGGCCCCAUGAGUUGUCAGGCCACCCCUGUUUCCAAAUGGAUGACUGAACUUCUGUGCAUGUAAAAGUGACAUCAUCCUGGCCUGGCCAAAAAAAACAUCAUCCUGGCCAGGCUGAAGAUAUCAGUGGCCA